AUGCGGAAGCCUGAUAACUUACUCCUUAUCCUUGCAGUCGAGUAUACCGACCCAUUCGGCCUGUUUCCUCAAGUCAAGCCGCUGCUAUCCCAAGUCCUUCCCCUCCGAAACCUCCACUGGAAGUCUUCGACUCGGCCAGUCCGCUCGAUUGACUCCCUGCAAAUCGAUUUCAAACCCGCCCACACGGUAGCAGAUGACCAGAAGCGACUCAGCGAUGGCGCAAGCGGAGCGGUAUCGCAGAGAAGACACCAGAUACCUGGCCUAUUACAGACGCCAUAUUUAAAGAUAUAUUUGUUACGAUGUGAUGAUAACGAGACGUAUAAAACGACCUCUAGAAAGACGUUACGAGAAUGGAUAAAAACUAGGACAUCCGCUGCGCCAACUGGACCUGAUAAUCACGAUGCGUUCGAAUGGUUGAUUCUUCACGUCAUACCAUCGAAUGCACCUAGCCCUGAAGUAACAGAGAAGGCCGCAUCAUCAAAAUGGCCUGGGAGAGGCUCGACUUCGGUCCUUGAGAAAGUAAAGGCCGAUUUCAACGGAUCCUCAAAAACCGCAGUUGACCGGGUUGCGCAGCUGAGAAUUCCAAAAGCGGAUGCGGAUAAGAAACAGCCUGAACUAACGGCGCAAUUGGAUGAUUUGGUCGCGAAGCUGAAAUAUUUUAUUCUCACAUCCUUUGAUUUGCGCGUGGGUCAAUAUGAGGCUGAUAUCCGUGAGAAGGACUCCCAGAGAAGUUUGCCGGGCUGGAACUUCUGUACUUUCUUUAUACUAAAAGAAGGUCUUUCUCUUGGCCUUGAGAACGUUGGACUUUUCGAGGAUGCUCUUAUAGGAUACGAUGAGCUUGCUGUCGGACUGGAUUCGGCACUGCGAGAUCAAAUUUCGGGCACGGGAGACCAGCACGGAGGCACAUUUCUAAAUUACAGUAAAGAUCUCAGAUCGAAAGCUGAGGCUGCCCUGGCUGCAGAGUCGUCAGAAAAGGCAGAAGGAUCCAGUUCAUCAGAGGAUGAGGAUGAAGAUGACAACGAUGGAGACCGUGAUGAGCUUUUCUCAAACCCCAUUGCACUGGAUCAAGAUAUUUUCCCGCUGCAACCCCAACAGAAACCAUACAGAGAUAUGAUUCUUGCAAAUAACAUAUCUGUCUUUGAUUUUCGUGUCUAUAUAUUUUCGAGGCAGCUACUACUCCUCCUCAAAGCUGCGCGGUCACCCCCGUCAAAUCGUCAAAGUGGCUCCCAAAAGAAUGCGGAGAAGCAUAACUUGACUCUUCUCGCCGAGAUCUGUGAGAGAGCUAGCGAGUUUAUUACCCUUGCUUGCCGGACUUUGCGGAAAGAUGUCGAGACUGGACUGGCUCAGUUAGAACAAGCUCCGGAUCCUUCUAGGAAGGAAGAUAUUAUCACAAACAUCGUUUCAUCCUGGGCCUACGCAGCUGUUUGUCAAGUUCUUAUUCAAACGUCUACUAAGAGCCUUGAGAUUCCCAAAGUUUCCCUACGGACGAGCAAGGACCUGGUGGAUGCAGCUGUUCUUACGAGCUUCGCCACGGGAGCAAGGCCAGGGGUUCCUAAGCGAACCAGUUCAUUGAUGUCCCCUACUUCAAGACCGAACUCCGGAUUAGCUUUAAACCCAUUGGGGGCCAUAAUGUCCGCUCCACAAAAAGCAGGCGGUAUAGAGUUAGCCGCGGCCCAGGCUGAUUUAUAUCACCUCGCUAGAUGCCAGUUGGGAGCACUUGGCCGAAGGAGAGGAUGGGGAAAUAGAUGGCAUAGUAUGCCGUUACUGCUCAACGAAAAGAACGGCUUCACUGAUGUUUCGUUGAGUGACGAGCCCAUGGACAAGAAACGACUUCCAGUGGUGCCAACGUCGGCGGGUGUAGAAACGCCUUGCCUGGCUUUAUCAGUGGAAUCAAAAAAGAACUUUAACUGCCUUUAUGAGCGGAUUACAGACCAAAUAUUCCGUCACAAUAUCGCGGCAAAUCGAUUCAAGUCUGCGGAAAUAAUGAUGGCUGAUAUUGCACUGCUGAAGUAUGAAACGGGUGACUACGCCUUAGCGGCGUCGUACUUUCACCAGCUCUCCAAUUUUUACCGCAGCAAUGGCUGGGAGACGUUAGAAGGUACUAUGGUAGAGCUAUACAGUCGGUGCCUGAAGCAACUAGAUUGCAAAGACGAGUUCGUUCAUGCUCUUCUGAGAUUACUCGGGAUAUAUUCCUCGACCAUCCAGCAUUCUUUGACAUUGCAAUCUAACAUGCGUUGCAAAGUUGAGGAGUACGUUGAGGAUCUAUUUGCGGUCUCUCAAUCGCUUUCCAAUACGUUUCCAGUUCUUAUUAAAGAUUUCUUCCGAGAUAUCCAAGUCCAACCCGGUAUUUCUCACUUCCAGGAUAGAGACGGGUUCCAAGCACAGCUGUCAUUGAGAUAUGCUCUUGGGGGAAAAAUAAAAAUUGACAACAUUAAGAUGCGGCUUGUUAAUGCAUUGGAAAUACCAAACAAUGAGCUGUGGUUGGAAAACUCCGACUCGACUAUAGUAAAGUCGAAGGGGACGAAAGUCUUACUUGACUCCUCGACAACAGUACAUGGAAAGUACUAUGUUGACCGAAUUGAGAUGCGAGCAGGGAAUAUUACGUUCACGCAUGAUUAUGACAAUCAAGUGGCUGCAUCUCAUAUACUGCAGGACACGACAAGCAAAUCGCUUACUUCCGAGGCAGAACGCCCAUAUGUGGUCUGUUUCCCCGCUGUCGACGCGUUUGUCGGAAAAGUUUCUCAAUCGAGAGCUAUCAACUUGGUUGGGCAUCGGAGCCUGGAUAUUGAGUUGAGCUCUGGUUGGAACGAUAUUUCGACUGGCUGUUUACGGUUGCGGCCAGCAACUGCCGGGCUACGUCUCAUUAUUUCGGAAAGCUCACUCAUCGACGGAGCUCUUACGCUGUGCGAGGAGAUAAAGGGAGGCAGAAUAUGUUUCACUUCCUUUGCCCGGGCAUCCACUGCCACGCUUCGAGUGCCAUACAGCAUGGAAGGAACGCAGACAUCACUCUCCGUUUCAGUGGAAGCUGAAUAUGAGACUCCCAAGGGGCAAUUUGAAUACAUCAGCUCAUCCUCGGUUGUAUCAACUUUACCCGUCAGUGUGAAUGUUCAGGAUUUAUUCCAGGAUGAGCAGCUGUUUUCGAGAUUCAGCAUCAGCCCCGGAAUGCUGAUACCUAUUCGCGUGUUUAGCUGCGAAAUGAAGAGCUCUGGCAAAUAUGAUGUACAGACGAGCGUCCAGGAGGGUGAGAUCAUGGAUGUGUUCCCGAAACAGCCGGCAUCAUUGUUGUACAAAAUCAGGCCCCGGGACGAUUUCCAACCCGGCAAAGACUCAGGUUCCACUCGACCGUUGAGCCUCUCAAUAGAGUUUGCCUGUUUGAACGAAGAAUGCCUAUCGGUUCUAGAAGAUCGGUUUACGAAGGAUGUCGAAGCAAGUCCCUUUGCAGGAAUGAAGCAGCUCCUGGUUCCGUUCUUGCAGACGGCUUUUAGUGCUAUCUGGACAGCUCAUACUCUAGAAACGAUUGGCCUGACGAGAGAAAUAGAGGUGUAUAGUUACGAACGUAUGCAGUGGAGAGAGGCCGUUGAGAGCAUGAACGGUGAUACGCAGACAAAGCUGGUGCAGUGGCUCAGAGAGUGGCAUAAUACGAACAAGACUAUACCUCUACCAAACAACCGACCGGUGAAUGCUGUUCGGCAUAUAACCAUCCCUGUUGAUAUUCCGGAUGUGCAGGUUGUCCAUACCGCGAGGCUAGUGCUGAAAGAUAUUUCUCCCGGCCAGACCCAUGUGGGGGUCGAUGACAUGAUAACUGCAGAGCUGAUAAUCCGGCAUACAAGACGCUGGUGUGAGGUAGCCGAACAAGAGCCCCAGUCGUCCCUUGAGUUUACAUAUGAAAUUAUAGCCAGCCCAGAUGUGUGGGUUAUUGGUGGCCGACGGCGUGGAAACUUCACCUGUGCAGAGGGCGAGGAGAAACGGUUCCAGCUGUUGCUUCUACCUCAGCGAGCUGGCCAUCUACUUCUCCCAUCGGUCGAUAUCAAGUCCUUUGCAACCGGGCCAGGCCAGCAGCAGCAGCACCGCUUGUCGUCGCCUACGGGAGGUGAACAUCUACUACAGUCCGACAAUAGCUUUGCACCUCGCCCGCGCAGGCUCAUCUCGAGUGAGCUGGACUACCGCAGUCACGGCGAGACGGUCCUGGUCAGCGCCGACCUUCAGAUGACGACCAUCAACCUGGAUGGGUUUGGCGAUGCCGCCGCAGGAAGCUGGCACGACGCUGAGCGCAAGACCGACGCCGCCGUUGCCUGA